AUGGGGACACAGGCGGGAGCUGUGGCCGAGGCCGGCAGGCGGCCCGGGCCGGCUCGCAGCUGCGAGGACGGCGGCAGCCCGUGCCCUGAGGCCGAGGCCGUGGCGGGCAGUUUGCGGGCAGGGCUUUUCCGAGCCGGCCGCAAUGUGCUGCCUCCCGUGUGGGCCCGGCUGCGGCAGAGGCGGAAAACUAAUGCUGCCCUGCAAAGCAUUGCCAAGAAGUUGAAGGAUAUGGAGGCAGAGCACAAUGGCUGCACCAAGGUGCUGAAGCUCCAGGCCGCCUGUCUGGAAAUCAAGAAUAAACGGCAGGAGAGGCUCCUCCAAAAACUGGAGGCAGCUGCAGUGAAAACAAAGGAACUGGAGGAUGAUGCUGCAGCAGCAAGCCGAGCACAUGUAGAAUGUAAAUACACUACAGAAGUCAUGCAGUUGAGAAUUCAAGAACUCGAAAGCAUUUUGAAUGAAGAAAACGGCGCAGAAAAAGAGGCGAAACUCUAUGGCCUCGAACAACUCUCCGACAAACUGGCCCAGGAAAACAAUUCCUUGAAAAAUUCAUUAUUAGAUGCUUUCAAGGCACGCUCAUCCCUGCUGGCAGCCUGUGCGCUGCUGUCAGGGGCCCUGUGCUCUCUCUACGGCCGACUGUGCGCCACGUCUUGCCAAAGAGACAUUCUCCAGGAACAGGUGAACCAGCACCAACUCCUGAACCGCAAGAUCGUCAGCCUCCUUUAUGCUCUCCCUGCUGUCAUGGAAAGAAACCAGGACGAAGGCAGGCUGAGGCAGAGAAGAGCCAAGAACCUGGUUUAUGUGUUCCGAAGAGCUGUGAUUGCAGUUCUGGCUGCUAACAGGCUGAGGGCUCUGGCCCGAUAUUCUUGUACAUUUUUCGUCUGGACAGAUGGAUGCAGAGGAAGCUCUGGAAUUCAAGUUUGUCUGGGAGAAUCCAGAGGCAGGCAUCCUGUGCCACGUUUUGCAGAGGAAGGAGUUGACUGGAUUGAAGCACUUCACUGGUUGUCUAGCUCUAACCUCUAGACUGCAAUAAUCAGUUCCAUCUCAGAACUGCAGGGUGUUCUCAGCAACCAAGAUUCGGAGCUCUGGCUUUUUAGUAACUCGCUGAUCGGCACAGCCAGGAACUGCUUUGCACAACUGAUGGACAACCUGAGCGUUCUGAUGGAGACAGUUCAAGGGAACGCUCGUGGGUGCAGAGCCUACCUGGAGAGGGACUCGCUGAUAGAGAGGCUGGCUUGUGGCCUCCAGAGAGGCCUCCCUGAUACAGCGGAGGAGCUGAGGAAAAGAGACCAAGUUCUGGAUCAACAGGAGAAACUCCUGAAAGACAUGGAGCAGGACCAGAAGCGGCUGCAGGAGACUCUCGAGGAGGCAGAACGUGCCAUCCAACAGGGAGCAAUCUGCGCCCUCUGCGCUGCCUUUGCGGCACCGGCGGCUCCUCUCGCUGCCGGGCUCCAGGGCGUGCUGGGGGCCGGGCCCCUCGUCUUCGGCAAGCGCCGGAGCCUCGGAGGCGAGCGGCUGCUGCUGUGGCCGGCAGGGGAGAGCUGCGGCUGCGGCCCUGGGCACGGCCAGCUGCCGCUAUGCCGGGCUCACACGGGAGGCAGCACAUUGCGGCCGGCUCGGAAAAGCCCUGCCCGCAAACUGCCCGCCACGGCCUCGGCCUCAGGGCACGGGCUGCCGGCGUCCUCGCAGCUGCGAGCCGGCCCGGGCCGCCUGCCGGCCUCGGUCACAGCUCCCGCCUGUGUCCCCGUGGCCGCGGCUGCUCGGCCCAGCGGGCUGAGCACAGCGAGCGCCAGCAGCAGCAGCUCCUGA